AUGGAUUACGACUCCUACGACGCGGUCCUUCACUACAUCUUCCGCAAUGCCCUCGCCGAUGCCUGGUUCAAGCCUUCCGAAGAGAACAUUUCCGCAGGCGUCUGCCUGAGGGUAGAGCCUGGUCACUUCAGAGUUUUCCCUUAUGAGAACCAAUUCCUCGCACCUUUCGAAGCUGCCGUACGCGCCCUCAACCCUCUCGUUGCCGUCAAGGUCCGGUCAGCAGCAGUCCAUUCCGCCCUCGGCACUGUACCGGAGGAUGCAACGUUUAUGUACAUCGACAUCAACAGCCGCAUCCAAAUUCUCGAUACCGUAAGCCACUUGCCGAAGGCCGAUAAAGAGCAAUGUGGGGCUUUCAUUCGGGACGAGCGCGUCUUGAUUGUCUGGUCUGAUGACCUCGACCAAAUUGUCCCACUAUGCCAUGAUUUCGAGGACAAGAUGAUGAAGCUUGCCUGGCGGGGGCGGAACCACCACCCAACUCCGUCCGUCAUCACAUCAGUCUCCAACUCCUCCGCCCCAUCGACUACGGCCUCGAAUGUUAAUCUCACGGACAGGACAAGAAUUUCCGUCACCGUAGCUGAAGCCGCCGCCGCAACGGCCGCUCUCGCUGAGGAGGAGAAAGAUACGGCGCCAGCGGCCACACCUGCCCCGGUGGCCACAAAAUCGUGGUGGGGGUGGAAGCUAGGCUCGAAGAAGGCGACGCAGGCCUCUACAGACCCCGAGAAGGCCCGCCAAGCACGGCCUAUCCGCCUGUUUGCCCCUCUAUACGCUGGAAUGGGAUUCGGACUAUCCCUUUUCUUCAUUGCCUGUGGUCUCAUGAUGCUCUUGCAAGAAUGGCGUCUAGACCACGAUUACACGCGCUUCGCCCUCCUCGCCACCGCCCCCUUUCUCGUCUGCGUCUCGCUGUUCUUCGCGUUACAAAUUAUUACGACUGCCGCAAUGAUCAUCGGCCCUAUCGCUCAGUUCCACGAGAACUCGAGGUACUACUCGGCUGUCCGUCCAGAGUCCAACCCGGAGAUUGACCAGCGUCUACCACACAUAACGGUCGAGAUGCCUGUCUACAAGGAGAAUCUGGAAGAAACUAUCGCGCCUUCGGUAUACUCGCUCAAGAAGGCGAUGCAGACGUACGCACGUCAGGGAGGAACAUCGGCUAUCUUCGUCCACGAUGAUGGGCUGCAGGCUCUGAGCAAGGAAGAGCAGCAGAAGCGUAUCGAGUUCUACAGGGACCACAACAUCGGUUGGGUUGCGCGACCACCCCAUUCAAACGAGCCUAAUGGCUUCAAGCGUGCUGGCAGGUUCAAGAAGGCGUCAAACAUGAACUAUGGGCUGCAGCUGAGUCUAUGCAUGGAGAAGCAUAUCAUGGAGCUCGAGUCCUCCGGAGAGAAGUUUAACGGCGACGUCUCGCUUGAGGACAGGGGGCUCGAGCUGGCCAUCGAGGAGACCUACAAGGAGUCUGGCAACAAAUGGAAACCUUGGGCAUGCAACGCUCGCUCGCUCCGCAUUGGCGAUAUCAUCUUGAUCGUGGACUCUGAUACAGUGGUGCCCGAAGACUGCUUCAGAGAUGCUGCCCGUGAGCUGCACGAAUGCCCUGAGGUUGCCAUCAUCCAACACGAAUCAGAUGUUAUGCAGGUCGCCCACCACUUCUUCGAGAAUGGCAUCGCUCAUUUCACUCGUCGCAUCAAUAAAUGCAUCUCGCUUGCAUGUGCUAACGGCGACGUCGCCCCUUUCGUCGGACAUAAUGCCUUCUUGCGCUGGUCUGCCAUUCAGGACGCUGCUUUCGUCGACGUGGAUGGCGUGAAGAAGAUCUGGUCUGAAUCGAACGUCUCCGAGGACUUCGACAUGGCUCUACGGCUACAGCUGAAAGGAUACAUCAUUCGUUGGGCAAACUAUUCAGAAGGUGGUUUCAAGGAAGGUGUCUCACUGACAGUCGACGAUGAACUUAAUAGAUGGCAAAAAUACUCGUAUGGGUGCAACGAACUUAUCUUCAAUCCUUUGAAGGACUGGUGGCGCAUGGGCCCUAUCACGAAGCAAUUGCGUGUCUUCCUCUGGUCUGCGGCCCCUGUCCACUACAAGAUAACGAUGAUGUCCUACAUGUUCUCAUACUAUGGUAUCGCUGCAUCUGCCGUCCUCGCGAUUCUCAAUUACCUCCUUCUCGGCCUAGCCUUGGAUGUCGACGGCUAUUACAUGCACAGUUUCGAAAUCUGGUUGGCUUGUACCGUUGUAUUCCCAGGCGCUGGAAAUGUGGCCUACACACUUCUCGAGUACCGGCUCGGCCAACGGGACAUUUUCUCGGCAUUCCUCGAGAACUUUGGGUAUAUUCCCUUCUUCUUGUUCUUCUUCGGUGGCCUCAGCAUCCACCUUACAACUUCUAUCCUGGCUCACAUGUUCUCUUACAACAUCUCUUGGGGUGCAACGAAGAAAGAAGUCGAAAGGUCGAACUUCUGGAUUGAAGUACCUAGAAUCGCGAAGCGGUAUUGGUUUGUCAUUAUUGUCUGCACCCUUGCAAUCGUUGCCAUGAUUGUUCUGUCUACCACUCUGGUACCCCCUGCGUGGCGAAUCCCGGGGUCAUCGUGGGCUGUUAUCUUCCCUCUUGCUAUUGUCGCAGCAGGACACAUUCUUUUCCCGAUUGUGCUCAACCCCUGGUUGAUGAUUUUCUCGUAUUAA